AAACGGACGGAAAGCAAAGCGAGCGUGCGAGCGAGAGAGAAAGAGAGAGAGGAGAGAAGAGAAAGAGGGAGCACGAACAACACCAGUCCUCCGGCGAAUCAGUCUCCGGCGACAUAUUUAUAUAUAGAGAGAAGGAGAUUAACAAUAGAUAGAGAAUCAUGUGCUGCGGCGACGGCGAUUGCAGACCGCUCGGCUUCCUAUUGGGCCUUCCCUUUGCCUUUCUGGCGCUGCUGGUCUCCCUCGUCGGCAUCGUGGUCUGGAUCGUUGGGCUGGCGUUGACUUGCAUAUGCCCGUGUUGCCUGUGCGUGACGGUGAUCGUGGAAUUGGCUCUGGAGCUCAUCAAAGCUCCUCUUCACGUUAUGGAGUGGUUCACCUCUCAGAUCCCCUGUUAGCUUUACUUUCCCAAUUCCCCUCUUCCUCGGUUAAUUUUUUGUACAAUUAUUGUGGCUGAAUCUCUCUGCUUCUGUCUAGUUAAUUGAAUUUUCCGUAGUUACUGAUUGUGUAAUUUAAUCUACCGUUGAUACGAUUCACUUCAGCCAUGACUUGACUUUGAUUGUGGAGUUUGGGGUUUUCCCCUCUUUUUGA